AUGGCGAUUGAUUUUGUGCCGGUUGCAAAGCAGAAAGAGCUGAGGCAUGCACUGAACGCAGUCAGAUCCGCAGUUGUUAUUGUAAAUGGACCAGCAGGAUGCUCAAAGACACACACAGUGCAUGCAAUCGCUGGAGACAUGGGAUUGUCAGUUCAAUACAUAGAGAGCAUAGAGGAGCACUCGGACGCUUUUAUCACAAACAGCACAAUCUCUCUUAUAGACAUCGACUGCCACGAACAGUUCAUUCUGUGGAUGCCAAGGCUCAGCAAGAUGACCCGGCUGAUAAUCGAAACACGGACACUGCAAUUUGCAGGAAAAUGCCUUCCUGGCUCAAUCACGGUAAACUUCAACAAAAUCAGAGGCUUGCAGAUCAGAAAAGCAUAUUGCCUGACAUACGAGCAGUCGAUACAUGUCGAUGGUAAUCUUCAUCUUGCAGGCAUCCACAGACUGCUCCUACCAACAGAUGCAAGACCCAUUUCCGUGUUCCACCAGUUAGGAAGACUCUUGCAUUCAAAGUCCACAGACGUAAAUGAGAUUUGCAGUAGCAUGAACGCCUCAGGAAAGCAGAGGUUCUGUGGAUAUUUGCUAGAAAGCCAUGCAUUAUUCAUGGAUGCCGACAAUAUUGCAAGAGUUUCUGAUGCAUUCAGCAUCUGGGACACAGCAAGCAGCAUCUUUUUCGAGUAUCUUGUAUGGACAGUGGUGGACUCAGAAAAGAAAAGCCCGAAGCAAUUCUUCAGCUUCAAAUCGUUCCAGUACCCAGACAGCCAUCAUCUCUGCACAUCGCUAUGCAAAAAUAGGUGA